ACAACUUAGUGAAUAAUCAAAACCAAGCUCAGAACUACUUAAGUUUCUUAAACUCUUUCGUCCACUUAAACAACCAAAUUAUGGCUUCAAGAAAACCUGUAAAUCGUCCAUCAGUGAAGCACCCGAGUCACAAACAUCCGCUACACAUCUUCAAAGCCCAUGUGGAAGAUGAGAUCAUCUGCUCUGGAUGUGAGCUCGAGCUAACCGGAGAAGCUUUCAAGUGUACCAAGUCAGACUGCGACUACUUCUUGCACAAGUCAUGUUUCGACCUACCCCGUGAAAUCAACCACAAGUCUCAUCCUAACCAUCCUUUAACCUUGCUUCACUCCCCACCUUAUGAAAGUAACGCUUACGGGUGUGAUGCAUGCGGUCAAUAUGGAUCUAGUUUCAUUUACCAUUGCUCUAAGUGCCAGUACGAUGUUCACGUGGGAUGUGCGUUUCUCCCUGAUACCUUAGAGCGUGAAGAUCACGAACAUUCACUUACUCUAGUUUUCAACUCGCCUUGCAAAGGUCGUGAGGGUAUGGUUUUCAUGUGUGACGUAUGUAAAGAAACUGUGACGGAGAAUCUUUGGGUUUAUCAUUGCAAAGUAUGUGAUUAUGGAACGCAUGUGCAUUCUUGUGCGGUUUAUGAAAAUCACGAGGCGAAAAAAAGAGGAGAAGAAGAAGCGGUCUUGGAAGCUUUGAGGAUGGAGUCGUUGAGGAAUGCUCGUAUGGAGUUGGCGAAUAUGCGUAUAUCCAAUAAAAUAAAUAAUUCCGUGAUCCAUUUUGGGGAUGAACCUAGAUACCAUUGGGUGAGAAAAUGAACUAGCAUUUUUCAUGCAAUGGUAAUGAACCUAGAUAGCAUUGGGUGAUUUCGUUGUGGUAUUGUUGGCUUUUUCUCUUUCAAGAACAUCUUACUUUUUCAUUGUCCUUUGAUUUCCAGUGUCAUAAAAAAAAGACUGAGGUUGUAAGUUUCUCGAGUAAGUUAUUGUAAUUUUUUCUUUCAUGUAAUAUUUUUUACCUUUUUCUUCUAAAGAAA